GAGUAUCCGCCCCUUGUCGGGAAGGUAGUCCAAGGACUGGAUGAAACAAGGAGUGUAUUCCCAUCUUAACUUCAGGCAGAAGAGAUCAUGACUUCUGUCAAAGAGCAGGAAGCCAUCAAGAAGCUCAUGGCAUUCUUGCAGGAAUGGGACAGUGCCCGCAAUGUUGCUCGAAGCCACAUGCUGGACAACUUCAUUAAAAGCAAUCACGGCAAGACAGGGCCAGAGCUGGAGCUGGAGUUCUCCCAGGCAGCCAGCUUGUUUCUGGCUCGCCUAACAGCGUGGCUAAGGAUGAUCUACAUGUAUGGCACUUGCCUAGACAAGCUGUUGAAAUCCAUUGGCAUCUUUUUAUCAGCAGCAAGUGGACGCAGAUACCUCAUUGAAUUUCUGGAGAUCGGAGGUGUCCUGACUCUCCUGGAAAUACUAGGGCUGGGCCACCUGAAAGAGGAGGACAAAAGGGAGUCUGUAAAGCUGCUUCAGCUCAUUGCAAAUGCUGGCAGGAAGUACAAGGAGCUCAUCUGUGAAAGCUAUGGGGUGCGAUCCAUCGCUGAGUUCUUGGCCACAUCCACAUCAACAGAGGCUCAAGAAGAAGUGCAGCUUCUGCUGAACUCUUUGGGCCAUGGCAAUCCCAAGUACCAGAACCAAGUCUACAAAGGCCUCAUUGCUGUGCUGCCGUGCACGUCCCCGCGAGCCCAGCAGCUCUCUCUGCAGACACUCAGGGUCAUGCAGGACGUGGUGGGAGAGGCCCCCGGCAGCGUGGUGGGGCCGCUGCUGGCCGUGCUGCGCUCCGUGCACCUGGAGGUGCAGUACGAAGCUAUCCAGCUGCUGAGGGCCCUCAUGGCCUGUGAGGUUCGGUCAGCCCUGCUGAAGGGCCUGGUUGCACUACUGAUACCACCCAGGAAGGAAGCGUUUGCAUUCUGCAGCGAAACAGCCCAAGACCCAUCCUUGCCUUGCCUGAGGGAGCCUGUGCUGGUAUAUAUUCAGCAAGCAGCUGCUGCAAAAGCUAUUGGCAUUUUAGCAAAGGAGUCAGCAGAAGUGGCAGAAGAGCUGAUCCAGCUGAAAGUAGUGCACAGCCUGAUGGUUGCUAUGGGGAAUCAGGAUCAUGCAGGGAGCCAGAGACAAGCCAGCAUCUCUCUGGAGUAUUUCGUCCGCACAUUUCCCUUUGUGGAGGAACACGUGAGGAUGACAGUAGGGGACACAUUGUUCCAGCUCUUUAUGGAUAGUCCUGAGACCUGGUACACACAAAUGGAUUCAUUCCAGGCUGAAAUACUGGCCUCCAACAGAGUGGACAUCCCCAAAGAAACAGCAAGGCUGCAGCCCACAGAAGAAACAGGCCCUGGAGUGAACUGAACAAACAGGAGAGAGGGCAGCAGCACUUGCCUCCCAUCUGUUCCCCCCAGCCCUAUGUCUGCUCC